GCGUGGGGAUUUGGGGAGGAGAGAGAAAGAGAGUUAUGGAGGAACCAAGUCGGGCCUAUGAGUAGUAGCGGAGUACUACUCAAUCCGAGAUUCUCCCUUUGUGAUCGAAUCAAUGGCCCUUUCUCUGUCUCGUCUCUCAUGGUGGUUGUGGGGUGGAAAGGAGAAAGAGUCAACACCUAAAGGGUCUUCUGUAAAUACCUUGCCGGAUUGUGCGCCCGGGCAACCGGAGAGUUUGGAGGUCCGGCGGGGGAGGAGGAAACGGGUCAGUGUGGAAGAAAGGAGGAGGGUUGAUAAGGAGUACAACAUGGUGUUGGUCCGAUCCGACGACGUUUGUUUGUCGGGAUCGGAAUCCGAUGAGUCGGACUGGUCGAUCGGGUGGCUGGAACCGCACCAUCCCGAUUUCUAUGAUGACGAGGAGGAGGAAAAAGAAGAGGACAAUACUUUUGCUGUGUUGGUUCCUUGCUAUAGGUUUGACCGCAGGGAAUUAGGCCAUGAUGACCCAAGCAAUCACUUCUUCAGGGCCAUUAAAGCAAUUGCCAAUGAGUGUUCCCUUGAGGGCAAGAAACACAUGAUGGAGCAGUGGCUUCCCUCACAUGAAAAUUUUUGAAGCCAUUGAUUAUUUCUCUUU